AUGACAAAGACAGAAGAAUUUAUCGCAAAUGUGAUUGAACAACGUCUAGAGGAACCAGAUACUGACAUUUACGCGACGGAUUGUUUAGAGACAUGUAAAUCAGUGUAUCAAGAUGCUGUAGAUGCGAUGAAGAAAGCUGAAGAAGAUGUGAAAGCAAAAGAUUAUUAUAAAGCAAAUUUGGAUAUUAGUGCAAUGACAACAGAUAUUGAUACUUGCAAUGAAUGUGCUAUUUCAAUAUAUGGAGAGGAUACUGAAUUUAGGCAAUUUGAUAAUUGGAUUCAAGGGGUUGCUAGUGAGUGCCUUGAAAAAAUUAGUGUCUUAACUAAAUAA